AUGAGCUGGAGCUUACAACCAUAUUCGGUGGUUAUGUUGCUUAUCGCUCAAGUUUUCAUUCAGAAGCAUAGUAUGACAAAGUCUCUCCGGUAUGAGUACACGGGAAAAGGUAUUGAAGUUUACGUGGUUGAUACUGGAUUAAAUGAUAAAGCCCUGGAUAAUAAAGUCUUAUCUCGACAAUCUUUUAAUGGCAACGGAAACUUUGAGGAUGAAGAUGGCCAUGGCACACAUGUCGCAGGGAUUAUUGGUUCCCAGGAUUAUGGUGUGGCUAAGGGGGUCCUCUUUCAUAAUCUUAAAGUCCUUGACGAGCAUGGUGACGGUAAGGAGUCCCCAAUGAUUGCUGCGAUCGAGUUUGCGAUUAAUUUAAGUAGAAAGAGAGGGAAAAAAAGUAUUAUUAAUUUGAGUUUUAGCGCGGGUAACCAAAGUCAUUCCAGAAUUUUUGAUGGAGCAAUAUUAGAGGCUGUUAAUGCAGGGCUGAUAGUUAUUGCAGCCGCUGGAAAUGAUAACGUUGAUGCAUGCAGUGUAUCCCCAGGAGGGUUCGUAGAUAAAACCUAA